CUUCCUGCCGCCCGCAGCUGAGAGGAGCGUGUUUAGUGUACCGUGUUUUCCGUGUACCGUCUGCAAGUGAUUGCAUCACGCAGGUCACCAUCGCCGACUUGCUGACCACCCACCCACCCAAAGCUUUGGAGCAAUUGCGUCGGCUCCUGACCCAUUGGCCAAUCCCGGACGAGUCUGCUGCAUAGACCCAAGCAUCGCCGAAAAUGCCCAUCCGCGUCAAGUCCAGGAAGCUGCCCAAGUCCCGGGACCUGAGCCCCGUGUCUUUGCACUUCGACUCGUUUGAGCUGCCCGAAAUCGAAACGGACGAUGUUUUCCGAGAUGUCGUGAAGAAGCUCUCUGUAUACUUUGUCGAUGUCAUCGUGCUGCCCAGCACCUUUGAGCAGCUGCGCACGACUGCGGCCGGGGAGCCGUUGCGAGUAUUGGUCGACCACCUCAAUGCCACUUGCACCAAUCCCGCCAUUGUGAACGCCCUGCUCGCCCUCAAAUGGCACUAUGCCGUGGACGAGUCCGAGUCCAACAAGGGUCUCUGCGAGGCCCGCGCCAACGCCUGUGAGAUUGUCGCCUGGCGCUUCCUCACCCGUCUGUCGGAGCGUGAGGCCGUCGACUACUGCCUCUACGAGAUCCCUGAUCCCAAGGAGCCGCCGACGCCGCCGCCCAACGCCGACAUCGAGAGCAACGAGAACUCCCCGUUGCUGUCCGGCGGCAGCUGGUCCGGACGCAGCAGCCGCCGCGCCUCCAUCCGCCCCGGGAGCAGCGCCAAGCGCUACCAGCUCUUGUCGUCCCUCUCGAGGCUGACCAUGAGCAUGCACGCUGACCAGGACGAAGACGAAGACGACGACCCGACCUCGCCCUUUACCAACCUAAACGCCCUCGAGAUCGCCGCCGUCGCCGACGCCAAACGCUUCCUCAGCCAGCACGUCGUCCAGAAGAUCGUCACUGGCAUCUGGAACGGCGACAUCAUCUUCUGGGACAGCCUCUCGGUCCACGCCGAGAAGAAGCCCCGCUUCUACAACGCCCACACCACCGACAUCUUCUCGCGCCUGAGGGUCCCCAAGUACCUCAAGGCCUGGGAGGCCUUCUUCUUCUUCGUCUUCCUAUGCCUGUACUACUCCGUCCUUGUCGAGCAGAACACGGAGCGCAUUACCCACAACGAGGUGGUUCUCUACGUAUGGCUGGCCGCGUUCCUAUACGACGAGCUCAGCGAGUGGGCCGAUGCCGGGACCAUCUUCUACGCAACAGAUGUGUGGAACCUAUUUGAUAUGAUCAUGAUAGGCAUCGGCAUCACGUUCGCCGUUCUGAGGGUCAUCGGCAUCGCGAACCACGACAGUAAAAUGACGGACACGGCCUUCAACGUCUUCGCGCUCGAGGCUCUCUUCAUGGUGCCGCGCGUCUUCUCCCUCCUCAGCCUGUCGCCGUACUGGGGCACGCUGAUCCCGUGUCUCAAGGAGAUGGGCAAGGACUUUGUCAAGUUCAUGGUCCUCGUCGUCAUCAUCUACCUCGGCUUCCUCACGACCUUCUCCCUCAUCGGCCAGGACGCCUACACCUUCAGCCACAUGACCAUGAUCCUCACAAAGAUCUUCUUCGGCUCCUCGUACGUUGGCAUCGAGAUCAUGGACGACAUCGACAAGGUCUUUGGCCCGCCUCUCAUGAUCAUCUUCAUCAUCCUCUCGUCCUUCCUGCUGAUGGGUUCUCUGACGGGUAUGCUGUCUAACUCCUUCUCCCGGGUCAUUACGCACGCCCGCGAGGAGUAUCUCUACGUCUACAGCGUCUACGUGCUUGAGGCCUCGACUAGCAACCGGCUCACGCACUUCUACCCGCCCUUCAACCUCAUCGCCCUCGUCAUCUUCCGGCCCCUGCGCCUCUUCCUCCCCUCGGACGACAAGUUCCGCCACAGCCGCAUCGUCCUCCUCAAGGCCACCCACCUGCCCAUCGUCGGCAUCAUCCAGCUGUACGAGAACAUCCGCCGACGCGUCAUGCCCGACGAGUACGCCGGCUUCAAGGGGCCGCGCGGUGCCACGGGGGUCACGAAGCAGCGCUCCCGCGGUGCUUUCCAGGCCAACCGCCCGACGUCCGGCUACCGUCCCGGCAGGUCGCCUCGUCCCGAGGAGCACCACGCCUCGCACCUCUCGUCGCGUCCCCACGCCCGCGCCGCUGAGGCCGACGACAUGGACGCGCCCUCCGUCGUCGAGGUGCGCAUCUCGGAGCUCAAUGACAAGAUCGAUAAGCUCACCGCGCUUGUCGAGGCUCUCCAGCAACAACCCGGCUCCUCCCCCUCCCCCUCUUCCUCCUCUUGAAGCCCCCCAACCCCUUCCCUCAUGAUGGUCUCAAGACAAAGAGGUAGGUCACCCCUGCUACACCUGGCUCAAUCUUUUGGAUUGCUGUCGGGACAUUACAUGUGUUCGCGUCCGUGUUGAUAUUGAGAGAACUCCGGUUGGCCUAUUUUUUUCUUUUUCAUCUGCAUUGCCCAGCGCGUUUGGCUUUGGGCCCGGCGUGCAUGUGCGUCUUGCGUGUCUAUCUGGAUCGAGAUUUGACGUGUGAAUGGGUAUCGACUGUAGUGUUAUCUUUUGAUGUGGUCUCGGUUUUUCUGGCUUUGUGUGCAUAUGUGCCUGCCUAUGCGGUUGAGACGACAAGUGUGAGAUUGGAUGUAUCAGCCGGGCGUUUCCGAUACUGUUUUCAUUUCCCGUGAUCAUACUUUUGGUGGAGGGAUUUCGGCAGUUGAUCUGCCGCCACCUCAGCAAGCAGCUUGGUAAUGUCGAUAUGGGUUGGAACGGGUUCGCCAGACUGUACGUAGCGAGAAUCAAAUUUGGCC